GAUGGAGUGCGGAGGAUGGAUGAACAGUGGGCAGUUGCAUAGAUGAACUCAUGAUGUUAAUGGUCUGGAAGACCCAUUUCGUAACUUAAAAGGUUGGGCAACCUGUGACUGCAAGGAUUAUUGCAAAAGCUAAGCAAUCGGAUAAAAAAAGCUACCAAUGGGAUCUAUCAUUGAAACCUAAGUUACUUACAGAUUCCUUUGAAAUGGAGGACAAGCUUAUGGCCAAAGAUGUUGAUUUUUCAAUUAGACAAUGCAUCACUGGUUAUGUGUAUAAGGUGGACAGUGAAUGGGUUUGGUUAACAGUAUCUCGAGAUGUGAGAGCUCAGCUUUUUAUUCUUGACAGUGCACACGACCCUAGUGAACUAGAGGGAUUUCAGAAACGCUUUCAUGUAGGAAAAGGUGUCUCUGGUCAUAUUUUAAGUAUUAACAAUGAGAAAAAGCUGAUACGGUUGGUUCUAAGUCCUUCAUUGGCUGUCUCUUAUGGAAACGUUGGUGGUAAAGAUGAUUUAAAGACGAACAAUUUGAAUGAUGUUACAUCUCAUGUUCAUGAAGGAGAUGUUGUGGGUGGAAGAAUAUCCAAAAUACUUGCAGGUAUUGGUGGAUUGCUCGUGCAAAUUGGUCCUCAACUGUAUGGUAGAGUACAUUUUAUGGAACUUAGAGACACAUGGGUGCCUGACCCAUUAUCUGGAUAUUACGAAGGUCAAUUUGUCAGAUGCAAAGUGCUGGAAGUCAGCCUCUCUUUCAAGGGCACUAUUCAUGUUGAUUUGUCAUUACGUUCUUCUUUAGAUGGCAUGCUUACUCAGUCUCGUGCAGAAGUCUGUGACAUACGGCAUCCUCCUUCUAAACGUGUUGAAGAGAUUGAGGAGCUUAAUCCUAAUAUUGUUGUUCAGGGUUAUGUGAAGAAUGUUACAUCGAAAGGAUGUUUCAUUUGGCUUUCUCGGAAGAUUGAUGCCAAAAUUCUUCUCUCAAACUUAUCUGAUGGAUAUGUUGAGAACCCUGAGAAAGAUUUCCCAGUUGGAAAACUUCUGGUUGGCAGGGUGUUAUCCGUUGAGCCUUUAUCAAGGCGAGUUGAAGUUACCUUGAAGACAUUAGGUGGAAGCCGCUUACCAAAAUCUGAAAUUAACGAUUUGAGCACUCUGCAAAUUGGAACUUUUAUUUCUGGCAGAAUCAAGCGGGUGGAGUCAUAUGGUUUGUUUAUCACAAUUGAUGACACGAACUUGGUUGGAUUGUGCCACAUGUCAGAGCUUUCAGAUGAUCAUAUUGAUCACAUAGACACUAGAUAUAGAGCAGGGGAGAGAGUGACAGCGAAGAUAGUACAGGUGGAUGAACAAAGGCGCCGAAUAUCACUUGGGAUGAAAGAUUCUUAUAUGGGGGACACGAUUGAUUUUCAACUACCCUCACAACAAGACCCAGAUGAAAGCAUUAGAGACAAUGAUUUUACUGAGUUGCUAACGUUUCCGGGUGGCAGUUUGCUAGGGGAUCAAAAUAUGGAUACUGAAGGUGAAAAUGGAGACUACCCAAUUCUUGCGCAAGCAGAAUUGAGGGCUUCCGUUCCUCCACUUGACAUCAGUCUUGAUGACAUUGAUCCCAAUAUGGAUAACUUAGUAGGUCAAGAUCAAGAGAAUAUUGAUGAGGCAGGCACUGUAAAUAAAAGGAACAAGAAAAAAGCAAAUAAAAAGGCAAAGAAAGAGAGAGAGAAAGAAAUGAGGGCUGCUGAGGAAAGACUAGUGAAGAAUGAUAUACCAAGAACUGCUGAUGAAUUUGAAAAACUGGUUAGAAGCUCUCCUAUUAGCAGUUUUGUUUGGAUAAAGUACAUGGCUUUCAUGCUCUCUAUGGCUGAUGCCGAGAAAGCCCGUUUUAUUGCUGAAAGGGCCUUGAACACAAUAAACUUCCGAGAAGAGAAUGAGAAGCUUAAUAUUUGGGUGGCAUAUAUUAAUUUGGAAAAUGAAUACGGAAAUCCUCCACAGGAAGCUGUUAUGAAAGUAUUCCAGAGAGCUUUGCAGUAUAAUGAUCCAGAAAGGGUUUAUCUAGCACUUCUGGGAAUGUAUGAAAGGACUGAGCAACAUAAAUUGGCUGAUGAGCUUCUUGACAAAAUGAUCAAGAAGUUCAAGCAUUCCUUCCAAGUACUUGUUUGGUUGAGAUGGGUACAAAGGAUCUUGAAGCAAAAACAGGACGAGGUUCAGCCUGUUGUAAGUCGUGCCUUAUUAAGCCUUCCCCGCGAAAAGCAUAUCGAUUUUAUCUCACAGACUGCUAUACUUGAAUUCAAAUGCGGUGUUCCUGAUAGAGGAAGAUCCAUGUUUGAAAGAAUUCUGCGUGAGAGUCCAAAGAGAACAGAUUUGUGGAGCGCUUAUCUCGAUCAAGAGAUUCGACUUGGAGAUGUGGAAGUGAUACGUCCUCUCUUUGAGAGGGCAAUCAGUUUGAACCUCAAGGAUGGAAACAUGAAGUUCUUAUUCAAUAAGUUUCUUAAAUACGAGAAGUCUAAUGGUGAUGAAGAAAGGAUCGAAUAUGUAGAAAGGCAGGCAAUGGAGUACAUACGCCAGAGCAACCUGGCCUGAUUUUUUCUUCCGAUCUGAACUUUUAUUUGGCAGAUGUUCUCUAUUCGAAUAGUUAGGUUUUUAUGAGAGUAAUGCAUAUUCUGGUUCAAAUGU